GUGCUAGUGAUAAGAAAGUUUAAAUGCUUUAAAAACAUUAAUUCUGUGUUGAGUUGUUAUAAACGUAUUGUCGGUGUUUUACUGGGGUUAUUACAUUACACUCAGGUUGCUAUUUUUGUUGGGUUAUAUCCAGCGCGAAGGGUUAGCUGUGGUGCUGAAUGCUAACGGUGGAGUAGCGCGUGCGCUGCUGUUGAACAGAGGAGAAUGAUGGAGCUGCAGGCCGUACUGAUGGCCGCCGGCGGUGGGUCCCGGAUGAUGGACCUCACCUACAACACUCCUAAACCUUUGCUGCCUGUGGGUAACAAGCCACUGAUCUGGUACCCGCUCACCUUGCUGGAGAGGGCUGGAUUUGAAGGACAUGAAGAUACACAGGGUCAACAAAGGCAGAUCUGGAGGUACACCGAAGUACAGAAUACAGAAAUAUAUGAGGCGAUAGUGAUCACCACAAAAGAAGUCCAGAAGGUCCUGAGCACCAAUCCGCACCUGAAGGAAGUGAAGAUGAAGCUGGACGUGGUGUGUAUCCAGGAGGACGCCGACAUGGGCACAGCCGACGCCCUGCGCCACAUUCAGCAGAAGAUCAAGACGGACAUCCUGGUGCUGAGCUGCGACCUGAUCACGGACCUGGCGCUGCACGAGGUGGUGGAUCUCUUCCGCGCCCACAACGCCACGCUCUCAAUGCUCAUGAGCAAAGUCAACGAAUUCACUGAGACCGUGCCGGGUCAAAAGGGAAAUAAGAAAGCAGGUGAGCAGCGGGACUUCGUUGGAGUGGACGGGACGGGGAAACGGCUUCUCUUCAUGUCCAACGAGGCCGACAUGGACGAAGGCCUCGAGGUGAAGAAGUCCAUCAUGCGCAAACAUCCCAGGAUGCACAUCAAGACAGGCCUUCUAGACGCCCACCUGUACUGCCUCAAGAGAUCCGUGAUUGACUUUUUAGUCGACAACAAGUGCAUUUCUUCUCUGCGUGGGGAGCUGGUGCCCUAUUUGGUGCGCAAGCAGUUCUCCAAAAUCCCGAGCUCCAAAAAAGAUGUGGAGCACUCGGAUCAAAACGUAAAAAGAAAAGAUGGCAACGCUUCCCUGGAGAUCCUGAGCUCCUCUAAAGACGACGUGCUUCUGCAGCUGGCACGAGAGCGCUCCUGCUGGAACGAUCACCGCGGCGACAUGAGCGAGGCGUACCACGGCGGGAAGCUUCGCUGCUACGUGCACAUCAUGGAGGACGGAUUGUGCUACCGUGUGAACACGCUCGUCGCGUACAUCGAGGCUAACCGUGUGGCUCCCAAACUGUUCGAAGAGCCUCCAGUCCAUUCCACAGCUGAAGUGUCCGAGAGAAGUCUGGUGGGAAGUGAUAGCAUCAUCGGGGCAUCCUGCAAAAUAGCAGACAAAACGUCCAUCAAACGAUCAACCAUCGGUGCCCACACUAUUGUUAAGGAGAAAGUCAAGAUCACGAACUCCAUCAUCAUGAACGGCGUCACCAUCGAAGAAGGGUGUAACAUUCAGGGCAGCGUGAUCUGUAACAACGCCACGAUCGGACGAGGCGCCGACAUCAAGUACUGCCUGGUAGGGAGCGGCCAGCGCAUAGAGGCGGAGGCCGAAAGGACCAACGAUGUCAUCGUCGGGUCGGAUCAGCUCAUGGAGAUCUAGAAAGACGCGCCAAGAUCGCCACCGAAGAAGUUAGGACACCUGCCUGAAUGCAGCCAAUUUGAACUGAAUGUCUCCGAAUAAACAGGAAUUUAUUUAUCUCA